CCGCGUUGUCCCCUGUCGUAGGAGGCCGCGGUCUUCCUGCGCCUCGUGCUGUGUGACCCUCGGUGUUCAUUCGACGCGGCAUGCAGACAACGCGGUUGAGAUUGAGGUGUUCCGUGGUGAAGCAGACGCGUAGCCAUUCGUGAUUCAAAGCGUGACUAUAUGCGCCUGAUUCAUGGCUGCUCCUCAUUGUUCGAUGGCCCGAGAGACUCGAGAGCCAGCAGAGGGGAAGGAGACACAUGCGUAAAGCGGCCGAUUGCGUUGGAUCUAUCAAAAAUGUGCCGCCGGCGAGUUGCUUUCCCUUCCAUCACCACUCUCCUCGCACCCCGGUCCCCCUCCUCUCCUCGCCCGUUCACGAUUUCCCCACACAAGCCCGCCUGACUCGAGCUGCUGCGAUUUCACCAUCGAAAUCAACAGCAGUCGACCGCAAUCCACACUCUUUCAGAUCUCACCAAGAAGCUCAUACGUACCGUUGCCCUUUCUUUACGCUCGCAACCAUGCAAUUCGUGCGCAUCUUGUCUCUCGCCUCGCUCGUCGCUCUCUCGAGCCUCGUAGCAUCCGUCACCGCUCAAGCCGAGAACGACAAUCCCAAUGGCAAAGUGCUGUACGUGAGCGAUCCUCAUUGCAACUCCUACCAAUGCCGUAUCCACUGGAAGCGCAACCACACCUACUUUGUGAACUGGAUCAAUCCACCCAAGGGAGAAAAGUUGAGCGUAAAAUUGAUUCCCGAGACGGAUCAGUCUUUGCCCACCUACACCCUGGCCGCGAGCGUCUCUGCUCAUGCGGGAAAAGACAAGUGCGAUAGUGCUGGGACGGGCAAGAAGUGCGGAAGGAUCGAUUGGACCGUACCUGAUGAUGCAAAGGCUGGAGAGUACAGCAUUGUGGUGGAGAGCUUGAAGACGCACAAACAAGGCUAUACCGACGUCGUUCGCAUCGGCAAGAAGCAAAGCUCGAACACGUCCGGGAAUGGCAAGAAGCACCAUCGGCGCUCAGAGUCGAGCAAGCGCGGGGUCUCGGUAGUCGAGUUUGCCGAAAGCGAAAGCUCCUAGUGGGCCGACUGCUGCGUCGAAAGCAAGCACGCGUCCAACAAAAGGAGUAGAAAUGCUCUGAUCGAGCUCGUGUACCACUCAUCACCAACCUUUUAACUUCUUUCUAGCCAGCACCCCUCACAACAUCUCUCAGUUCGCCUCGCAUACGAGCAACUAUCUGCAAGCGCUCUGCCUUCACAUCUCUAUCGAGGUCCUAAUCGAGCAGCUUCUUCUGUUGCUCCAUUCCUGACCAUUCCGUCCCAGCCUGCUUCCCUACAGUAGGCUUGCCGUCUGAGUUUCCGCGUCAUUCCUCACCCAUCCCCGCACGCGUGACGCCUGACAGUCCUCUUCACAUACACACAUCCUUGUCUAAUCAAUCAUCAAGCACCAAGAAUGUGAAGAGCCUUUGAUGGCG